GGGUCACUUCCUGUUUAUUAGAACGAAGAGGGGGAACAACCUAAACCUACCCGAACGUCGUGUGUGAAAACUCAAAUUCAGCCAAAAUGUAAAAUUAUUUCCAAUUAAAAUAGCCGUGACUGGAACUGUGAUAUAAAAUACGCAAUGAGCUGAAACCAUAACAUAUUUGGACAUUGAUUCAGCAUGGAAUCAAACAAGCUACGGCAAUCUUCCCAAGACGGGUGGGUUGAGGAGAGGUGUGUUGGUACAGGGAGUUUCGGCACUGUCACACUCUGGGAAAACAAGAUUACAAAAGAACAAAUUGUUCUAAAGAAAUGUCGCCUGGAUUUGAGCCCAAGCAACAGAAAUCAGUGGCAAAAGGAAGUUGAGAUCAUGAAAGGUUUAGAUCACCCAAAUAUUGUCAAAGCCAUUGAUGUUCCUGCUGUGUUAGAUGUGAGGGAAGGUCAGUUGCCCUUGCUUGGCAUGGAGUACUGUGAGGGCGGCGACCUCAGAAAGGUUCUCAAUUCCCCAGAUAAUUGUGCAGGUUUGAAAGAAGCCUCUGUGUUGAGAGUAAUCACAGAUAUAGCCAAUGCAGUGCAGUUUCUUCAUUCAAAACGUAUCAUCCACCGAGACCUCAAGCCAGAGAAUAUUGUUAUCAACUUCAUUAAUGGGAAUGCAGUUUACAAACUAAUUGAUCUUGGUUAUGCCAAACAACUUGACCAGGGCAGCAUGGCAUCUACAUUUGUUGGAACAUUGAAAUACCUGGCCCCAGAGCUUCUAGCAGGAAAUGGAAGCUAUAGCAAGACUGUCGACUACUGGAGCCUUGGAACUGUGGUGUUUGAGUGCAUAACUGGCCGCCGCCCCUUUCCGGAUUUGUCACCUGUCCAGUGGCACAUGGAGAUCAGAGAAAAGUCAGCUCGGGAUAUUCACGCAUACUUUGAUGCUUCUGGUGAAUUAAAGUUCUCUGAACUAUUGCCUACUCCCAACUCUUUAACAAGUUUUUACCAAGAAAGGUACGUUUUCCUCUUACGACUUCUGCUGCUAUGGGAUGCCAAAGAGAGAGGCGGAAGGCAGCGUGAGGAUGGUGUACAGGACUGCUUCCAUGUUAUACAGGAGCUUGCUAAUGCUAAGGUUGUUCAUGUCUAUUGUGUUGCAAACAGUGUCAUAUUCUCAUAUGAAGUGGUAGCAGAGGAAACGGUUGGCUCUUUGAAACAAAAACUGCAGAAUGAUACAGAAAUCCCAAUUGACUCCCAGGAGUUACUUACUGCUUCAGGGGAAAUACAACUGGAUGACGCACCUACCUCAAAGCUCCUUGGGAAAACAUCCAAUGGUGAGCAGCAGUUGAUGUUCUUGUUCAUGCGAAAUGGAAAACCUCAGUCCCCUUAUCGGCCAAUCUUCAGUCUUUCACCAUCUGUACAAGCUAUAGUCACUGAGCCCAAAACGCUGCUUCUUUUCGAGGAACUCAAGAAGGCCCAGGGAGAGGCUUUGCAUUUCUGCCAAGAUCAGAAGGAGAACUUCCAGCAUCUUCUCCAAGCUCACCGUGCUGCAAUGAAACACGCGCUGAAGCUCAACGCACACCUCACAAAGCUGAGAAGCUCAUUGCAAAAUGACUUACUGCGCUUGCGCGAACGGGUUGCCUUUUUCAAAGAAAGUCUGUCUACAGAUUUGCAACAUUACAGUGAUGAAGCUUUACAUUUAAAAAGUGAUGGAGUGUUCCGGUCAUGGAAGGAAGCCGAACGAACCGUCGAGAGUUUCUCAACUGUUGAUAUUUCGACUAUCGAGAAUGACGUCACGAAAUUGCAAGGUCACGUGAUGGAGCUACAGAGACACUCGUACGCGCAUGCUCAGAUAGCUAUGGAUGACAUAUACCAAGACGCGGUUAAAGUGUACCAGUCUUUAAAACAAAAGAUCGCCAACAGUACAGUGUAUGACCAGCGAGUGGGGCACUGUUCCGAGAUGGCUCCCGUGGUCAGGCGUUGCCUAAUUACAAGAGAGAAACUUCUCAGGGAUGUGAAUACCCAUAUAAGCUGCAUUUUUCAAGUGACACAAAAUCUACAGACAUUAGUACCUCAAUUAGAAGAGAAGAGAGAGGAAAUAAACUACAGACAUCUAGAAAUAGCUAAGCUUCAAAGAAAAAGACAGGAGGACGUUUGGAGUCUUCGCAGCCAGACGAUGGAGGAUGAGAUUACCUUAUCUGAUCUACACAAAAGCGGCGAGGACACAGAACAUGUUAUAGACCAGAGCUAUCACGCGAUGAACAGCUUUGCUCAAGCCAUGACCUCAGUCAAGGAGGAGCAAAACACAAUUACUCAGUCUUUGGAUUGGAGCUUUCUGGAGGACGAUGACCACACCAACAGUUGAUUUUCAGAGAAGUGCGCGAAGCCUGAUAGCAGUACCACAAGGAAGGGAGUCAGGCCCGUCGGAGAAUAGGAAUAGAAAUCGCGGUCGAUUUUUUCAAAUGUACAUAGCAUACCUGCCAACCCCUAGACUUAAAAAAACGGGAGGGGAACAGGAACGGGAUAUAUUCAAUCGAUAUAACGACUGUACAAUCUCAGUUAAUAUCUAUUAUCCCCUAAGCUUACAAGUUUGAAAUGAACGCCCCUCUCUAAAAACGCCCCCUCUAUUUAACGCCCCCCUACCCUCCCUCCCAGGUUAAAAACAAACCGCAUAGUAGUUUGGCUUCUACUGGGUGAGACUUGCUUAAUGUCAAGAAAUACUUGCUAUGCAGGCUUACGUAAUCCUGACUGAGACAAGAACUCCACCGCACUUGGGUUUGUUAUAUUUUCAUAGUUUGUAAAGAACGCCGCUCUCUAAUAAACGCCUCCUAUCUAUUAAACGCCCCGCCUCGGACCGUCGAAAUUUAAUAAUCGUCCCGGGCGUUUAUUAGAUCAUUUACGGUAUAUGUACACAUUUUCAUAAAACCCAAAUAAUCGUGAUUGUGGACCAGAAAAAUGAAUACAAUACACCAAAAACUGGAAUUCGAACUCUGCCAAAUUUUCGUCUUUAGUAAGACUUCCUUAGGGCAUACUUAAGACUUGAGUCUGCCCUGAAGAAGUCUUAUAAAAGUCUUAUUAAAGAAGAAAAUUUGGCAGAGUCGAAUUCCAGUUUUUGGUAUUGUACACAUUUUCAUAAAUGCACCAAUUUGUUUCCUAAUUAAAAUCGAACUGUUUUGCUCUGU